AUGUUGGAUCUCAACCUAAGAAUCUUCUCUACACAUAACGAAGAUGAAGAUUGCAAAGUACCAAUCUCCAUAAGCAAUGAAGAUGAAGAUUCCUUUAGUCUCUCUAACAAUAUCAACUCCAAGGGUUUCUUUACCUUCGGAAUCCUUAAUAGAGAAGAAGAACAGGCACUCUUUCCUCGUCCUCCUCCUCCUCCUGCUCCUGCUCCUCCUGAGAGUGAAUUAUCCGGCGGAAGUGAGUGGUUGAAUCUGUCGUCGAUGCAAAGGAAUAAACAAGAAAUGGUGAUGGUGAAGAAAAUGAAGAGCCGGCGUGGCCCAAGAUCCAAAAGCUCCCAUUAUCGUGGCGUCACCUUUUACCGUCGAACCGGCCGUUGGGAAUCUCAUAUUUGGGACUGUGGAAAACAGGUUUAUUUGGGUGGUUUCGACACAGCCUACACAGCCGCAAGAGCGUACGACCGAGCUGCUAUCAAAUUCCGGGGACUCCACGCAGAUAUCAACUUUAUCGUGGAUGAUUACAAACAUGACAUUGCAAAGAUGAAGAAUUUAAGUAAAGAAGAGUUUGUGCAAACUCUUAGACGAGAGAGUGCAAGUACAGCAAGAGGAGGUUCCAAAUACAAACACUUGACACUUCAUAACCACACCCAUUUGACAAAUGAUCACAUCAAUCUCUUCCAGAACAGGGGAUGGAAUGCAGCAGCAACAAACUGCAAUGAGAUGAGAAAGAUAGAAGGAAAUGUUGAGUUAGUAGGUGCCCAUAAUAAAGGAAAUGAUGAGCACAACGAUCUCGAGCUAAGUCUGGGAAUGUCUUCACCUUCCGAUAAUAUAAAAUUGAAAACUGCGGAUUGUUACAUGGGUAUUAAUCGAACAGUGACGAGUUUGUACGGGAAGAAGUUGCCGGUAUAUCUACCGAUGACAGAAAUGAGACCAUUAAAGACAGUUGCAGCAUCAUCAGGAUUCCCUUUCGUUCCCAUGAUCAGUUCUUCUUUUAAGUCCACUUGUUUUGAUCCAUGA